GUUUAAGAUCCACAACACAGGUAAGAACGACUCACAAUGCAGAUCGAUCGAAAUUCGUUUGCCUUUCUGGCGACAAGUGAAACAAAAGAAGUCGCAAGCAAAUUGAGAAAAAAAACCCACAAUGCUCGUCCAUAAUAAAAGUCCGCCUCUCAGUACCUUUCGAGAAUUGGCGGCGAACGGAUCAGAAUGUUAACAAAACUGCUGAAAAUCUGUUGCAAUUCGAGGCAAUGCACAUUUGCGAAACCAUUCGAUUCGAUGCCAGGGCCACGCGGUCCGUUUGGCCUCGGUAAUCUUUACAAUUAUAUGCCUGGCAUUGGUGCCUAUUCGUGGCUGCAGCUGCACAAGGCCGGACAGGAUAAAUAUGAGAAAUAUGGUGGCAUUGUGCGAGAGACUAUGGUGCCGGGACAGGAUAUUGUGUGGAUCUACGAUCCCAAGGAUAUUGCAACUCUGCUCAACGAACGUCACUGUCCACAGCGACGCAGUCAUCUGGCACUCGCAAAAUACCGCAAAGAGCGACCGCAUCUCUACAAGACAACGGGACUGCUGCCCACAAAUGGACCGGAUUGGUGGCGUCUUCGAUCACAGCUGCAGAAGGAGCUGAGUGCGCCGCAAAGUGUGCGCAGCUUUGUGAACGAAGUGGACGGAGUCACCAAGGAGUUUCUAAAAUUUCUGGAACAAUCGGCGGGAGAUGAUACUCCCGUUGAUAUGCUGCCCAAGCUAACCCGCCUCAAUUUGGAACUUACCUGCCUGUUGACGUUUGGAGCACGCCUAAAAUCAUUUCAGCCAGAGGAACAGCAUUCCCAUUCCCGUUCCACGCGUCUGAUGCAUGCCGCUGAAACUACAAACAGUUGUGUACUGCCUACGGAUCAGGGUCUGCAGCUGUGGAGAUUUAUGGAGACACCCAGCUAUCGAAAGCUGCGCCACGCUCAGUCCUAUAUGGAGAGUGUCGCCCUGCAGCUGUUGGACCAGAACAUGGAAGCAGGCACUGUCCGAUCCUCGCUAAUUGGCACCUAUCUGCAGAAUCCUCAACUCGAUGGCUUUGAUGUGGUGGGCACAGCAGCUGAUUUACUGUUGGCGGGCAUUGAUACCACCUCGUAUGCGUCGGCAUUUCUCCUCUAUCAUGUCGCACGUAAUCCGGAAGUGCAAGAGCGACUGUACCAGGAGGCACUCAAGGUGCUGCCCCAUCCCGAACAGUCACUCAGUGCUGAUUGCCUGCGCACUGAGAUUACUUAUACGCGAGCCGUGCUCAAGGAGUCACUGCGUCUGAAUCCCAUUUCGAUUGGUGUUGGUCGUGUGCUCAACCAGGACACUGUGCUGAGUGGUUACUUUGUGCCCAAGGGCACGACUGUGGUAACACAAAAUAUGGUAGCUUGUCGCCAGCCUCAGCAUUUUCCCGAUCCUCUGCGUUUUCAGCCCGAUCGUUGGCUGAAGCAGCGUAAUGCCCUUAAUCCCUAUCUGGUGCUGCCCUUCGGACAUGGCAUGCGUGCCUGUAUCGCACGUCGCCUAGCCGAACAGAAUAUGCACGUCUUGCUGCUGAGGCUGCUGCGCAACUAUGAGCUCAUCUGGCGGGGUCGAACGGAUGUGGAGCUGGACAUUGUGACGCUGCUGAUCAACAAACCCAAUGCGCCGGUGAUGAUCGAGCUGAGAUCGCGAUUAGCAAGUCAAAACUGAGGCACAGUCGCGCACUAAACUCUUCGCCCAUGGGUUUUUGUCAUUAAAAUAUGAACUUCUUAAUACA